AUGGAACUACUUCAACCUUCAAAAUCCUCGUACACCAAAGCUAGCGACAAAGCAUGGUUCACUUAUGCACAAAAUGGAAAUGAAUUUCAACAAGGACUUUUAGGCCUCACUGACUCAUAUAUAGCUGGCAGUCUAUGUCUUCAAUUCCCCAAGGAUGGACCUUUGAAGGCUAAGAAAAUUGAAGUAUCCAUUACAGGCACAGAGUAUGUCCGUUGGACAGAACAGGUUCUUAAACCCCGUUUCAGAGAUGGUCGGAUGUGUCAAGAAUAUGAAACUGAAGAAUAUAAGUACGAACAAAAAAUCCUGGACCAAUCAUUGAUACUGUGGAAAUCAGAAAAGGAAUCAUACGAAGAGAUUACAACAAUGGAUCUUCCAUUCCAGAUUCAGUUACCUAAAGAUUUGCCACCGUCAAUGGAUUUGGAGAUUGGGAAAAUUUAUUAUCAAGUCAAAGCAAAUUUUGAAAGAAAAAGUAACUUUUGGAAAUUACAAGGUUCACAUAAGUCAAUUAAAUGCAUGUGCCUUGUUACACGGUACAGUCCAAUGCCAGAGCCAUCACCCAUGCAAUGGAUUCAAUGGAUCGACCAAGAGGCCUGGAAACGCGGACUGGGUUAUAACAUUUCAAUGAAUCAUGAUACAUUUGGUCCCGCAAAUCCUAUUAUUGUGAAUUUCGCUAUGAAAAUCCUAAAGCAAGGUUUAAAAAUAAAAGAAGUAUUUGUUGGAUUGAAAGAAUAUCGAGAGUUUAGAGCUGAUAAUCAUAAUAAGUCUACGAGAAACUAUAUUCAGACAGUGAAAAUGUCAGGAGACCAAUUUUCAGAAGUAACGGAUGAAUGGGCACAUGAAUUUAAAAUCAACGUGCUCGAGAAUGAAGUUAAUUGGACUACUUCAAGACAUCAUAUUGAUGUAUAUCAUUGCAUUAAAAUCAAGAUCAAGUUUGGACUUUUAGGCCCCAAAAAUGUUAAUAUAAAGAGAGAAAUUAAAAUUGAGAAUAUUUCAGACGUCAAAUAUUAUUAA